GCAUUGCAUUGCGCCUUAUCUCCUCUCCCCGUUGAGGGGUUAGGUGGCGAUGAUUUUUUUUUGUUGUUUUGUUUAUGUUUGGUCAAAAUGUGGAGAGAGAUGCGUUUUGCGUUCUAAGCACACUUCGAUCACAAUACAUAUAUAGAGAGAGAGCGCGCGCGCGCGCGAGAGAGAGACAGUUGAGAGAAAAGGUUGAAAACGAGAUCAAUCACGAGAGAGAGAGAGAGAGAGAGAGAGAGUGAUGGAGGUUGGAAUGCAAGGAGGGCGAUUGGUGGAGCCAGAUUCGGAGAUUGUGUCUCCAACGCUAUCAGCAGAUGAAGUGUCACACCUAGCUGUUGACAUUGGAGGCUCUCUCAUCAAAUUGGUGUAUUCCUCAAUUAACCAUAAUAGUGGGAUUGAUGAUAAGGAAAAGAAGUAUUCAAAGGAAUGUUCGGUAGUUCCCAAUGGUAGUAGCAACUAUCCAGUCAUCUGUGGGAGGCUCCAUUUUGCAAAGUUUGAGACAAACAAGAUCAAUGACUGUGUAGAAUUUAUUUUAUCAAAGCAGCUUCACCACGGUGGUAGUUGGCAUCAUGAAACUUCUGGUAAUGACAAGAAAGCAAUAAAGGCCACAGGUGGUGGGGCUUACAAGUUUGCAGAUCUUUUCAAGGAGAAGCUUGGUGUUAGCCUUGACAAGGUGGACGAAAUGGAUUGUCUUGUGGCUGGAUCAAAUUUUCUGCUUAAGGAAGUCCACCCUGAAGCUUUUACUUACAUAGAUGGCCGUGAAGAGUAUGUGCAGAUUGACAUUAAUGAUUUGUACCCUUACCUUCUCGUGAAUAUUGGAUCUGGUGUUAGCAUGAUAAAGGUGGAUGGAGAUGGCAAGUUUGAGCGAGUUAGCGGAACAAGUGUUGGUGGUGGCACUUUUUGGGGUUUGGGAAAACUUUUAACGAAGUGCAAGAGUUUUGAUGAAUUGCUAGAGUUGAGCCACAAGGGAAAUAAUAGAGUUAUAGACAUGCUUGUUGGAGACAUCUAUGGUGGGACGGAUUACACAAAGAUUGGCCUGUCAUCAACAAACAUUGCUUCUAGCUUUGGCAAGGCCAUUUCUGAAAAUAAAGAGCUCGAAGAUUACGGACCUGAAGAUAUCUCCCGGUCCCUACUAAGAAUGAUCUCAAAUAAUAUUGGGCAGAUCUCUUACUUGAAUGCGCUUCGUUUUGGACUCAAGCGGAUAUUUUUUGGAGGCUUUUUCAUUCGUGGUCAUGCUUAUACCAUGGACACAAUUUCUGUUGCAGUUAAUUUCUGGUCAAAAGGGGAGGCAAAGGCGAUGUUUUUGCGGCAUGAAGGGUUUCUGGGAGCGCUGGGCGCAUUUAGGAGCUAUGAAAGUCACGGUUUUGAUGCUAACAUGACCCAUUAGUUGGUGAAGAAAGCCAUUGUUACAUUGUACACUAAUGAUUUGAAUCACAAACGCAACUUGGGAUUUGAUCAAUGACAAUAAAAGCACAACCCCAAUACGUGCUCUCCAAGCUCCUUGGUAUGUAUUGGUUUUUGUCUUUUUAUAAUUAUUUUUAACUUGUUUUUUAGCUGCUGCAAUGGUAUGUUGUUAGAUGUUAAAGAAAUGCAAUUGAGGGGAAAAAAAUAUGUUCAUGAUGGUAACGGUGAUUGGCGACCUCCAAGAGGUAUAUUGAAUCUGUGCUAUGUAUUAAAAUUUAUAAGAAAAAGUGUGAGACAUUAACUUUUGGCUUAA